AUGUGGCAGUAUCUGUGUUUUCUACUCGCUUUUAUUCAUACGUGUUUCGCCCUGUAUGGUGGUGAUGAUUCCGUUAUCCAACUAACCGGCGAAAAUGUUGAUGAAUUUAUUUCUCAGCCUGGGGUGACAGUUGUGAAGUUCUAUGCUAGUUGGUGCAGUCACUGCGAACGUUUCGCUCCCAAGUUUAAAAAGGCGUCAGACAUUCUUCAAGGUGUUGUACGAUUUGGAGUGGUGGACAAUGAGGCUCACUCAAAUAUAGGAAAUCGAUUCAAUGUUGAGGGCUAUCCAACUGUUUUGGUGUUCCGCAGUGACGAGGGCGCUGGCAAUCCCAUAAAGUACACAGGACCUCGAACUUCUGAUGAACUCAUCGUUUUUUUGAUGGGACAAGUUCGCGAUUUUGUUGUUGCCCGUGCCAGAAAAGAAGGAGUUCAGCUCAACUUGUCGCCGAAGCAACCGACUAUGGGUAGUGGUGGCGGAACUUGUGGUGGCGCCCAAAGUCACGCGGACAAACAAGACAAUCACUAUCAGAAUUCAGAGGCUGUCGUAACUUUGACUGAUCAAAAUUUUGAUUCUCUUGUCCUCCAAAGUGAUGACGAUUGGCUAGUCGCUUUCAUUGCACCCUGGUGUGGACAUUGUAAGAACCUUGCUCCAGAAUGGAAGAGGGCUGCUGAGAAACUUAAGGGCAAAGUGAAAGUUGGCACCGUUGAUGCAACUGUCCAUAAUAACCUCGCUGGGAGAUAUGAAAUACGAGGCUUUCCCACAAUUAAAUACUUCAAAUCAGGCCAAGUAGAGGAGUAUAACGGAAUGCGCUCAGCCGAAGGCAUUGUGGAAUUCGGCUUGCAAAAGGCGGAACUGAAUCGUCCACCGCCGGAGGUGAAUGAAAUCACCUCAAGUGAGGUACUCCACGAGGCCUGUGACAACAAACAACUUUGCAUAAUUGGUUUCUUGCCUCAACUACUCGACUGCCAAUCCAAGUGCCGCAGGGACUACCUAGAUGUCAUGAAAGAGGCGGCCAAAAAGCACAAAGGGAAAAACUGGGGAUGGCUUUGGUCUGCUGCCCGCACACAUAUGCCACUAGAGGAGGCUCUUCUAGUAGGUGGAUUCGGUUACCCGACUAUGGUCGCGAUCAACAUGAGGAAACAGAAAUUCGCUGUGAUGCAUGGCUCUUUCGCAACCGAUGGAGUGCGUGACUUUCUGUACGAUUUGAGCCAGGGCCGAGGCUCUGUAUCGCUCAACUCUAUGUCAGCCUUACCCGAAAUCCAGUCCUCUGCACCUUGGGAUGGAAAAGAUGCUCCUGUUAUUCAUGAGGAGGAAAUUGAUCUUAGUGAACUCGGGAUGAAAAGUGAGCUGUGA